GAUCUCUGCGGCGUCACACGGACGUACACACGUCAUCAGCUGCCGGGUCAAACGUUCUUCUUCCGGUUGACGGCGCGGCAGCAAACAAACACGAGAAGAGGGAAAACCCGGGAAAAUACCGCCACAGCUCACCUGUCAGGCUCCUCUGAUACCAGGCAAAGAUGUUGAGGAGGAAACCGACUCGUCUGGAGCUGAAGAUCGACGACACAGAGGAGUUCGAGAGCGUCAAGAAGGAGCUUGAGGCCAGGAAACGUCAGCGGGAGGAGGCGGAGUCUGGAGGAGGAGCGGGCGGGGCUUCUGUCAUCAGUGUUGACGUCAUUGGGGGCGGAACCUCAGCUUCUUCCUCUACAACAGCAUCAAGGGCGGACCUUAUCAACGAGCGAAUCGGCUACAAGCCCCACCCGAAACCUGCCACGCUGCCGACCUUAUUUGGAAGUUUACAGUUUUAAUAAUGACGAAAUAAAGAUGGUGAAAAAAUAAAUAAA